AGUGAGCUCAGACAGAGUCCGUCAGUCACCUUCAUGCGGGACCUUCUGCUCCAUCAGCCCCGACCGAAGCGCGAUGUGUCGGCCGCCGGCGCGGAGGUGCGAGGGGCCCGGCUCCCCGCUCCGUGACGCCGCCCAGGGGCCCCGGAGCACCACCGACCACCGUCACUGACGGGGAUACAGAUGGAGAGGGAGAAUAAAGUUGGAUCUGCAGGUCACCAGAUGACCGGCUCCACUUCCCUCUGACUCUCCAUGGUCGUAGGCGACGCGCACUUUGUCCGUCCGGGAGACGUCCGGCGCACUGUCCUGCGGCUCUUUCACAAUAUUCCAGCGGAGGUUUCACAACAUGGGGGCGAAGCAGAGCGGCCCGACCGCUAAUCCCGCCGCCAACGGCCGCACCAGAGCCUACUCCGGCUCCGACCUGCCCUCCAGCACGUCCGGCGGCGGCGGCGGCGGCGCGAGGUAUCGCGCGUACGGCGCGUCCGGAGCCUCCGGAGCCGCGUCCGGCACCGGCCAGCACAUCGGGGCCAGCAGGGCCAGGUCCGCGGGGCACGGGUCCGGAGGCUCCGGGACCAGACCCCGGUCCGGCAUCAACAUCCCGAACAGCAGAGGAGCCUACAGCUCCCCGGAGUCCGAGGGCAGCAGCCCGGAGGAGGCGGCGGCGGACAGGGGGCGCACGGCCGGGGAGCACCACGGUCCCCGGCUGCUGAUCGGCUCGUUACCCGCGCACCUCUCACCCAAUCUGUUUGGAGGCUUCAGGUGUCCUGUGUGCUCCAAGCUGGUGUCCUCGGACGAGAUGGACCUUCACCUGGUUUUGUGUUUAACCAAACCCAGAGUGACGUACAACGAGGACGUCCUCACCAAGGACGCAGGAGAAUGUGCGAUCUGCCUGGAGGAGCUGGCGCAGGGCGACACCAUCGCUCGCCUGCCCUGCCUCUGCAUCUACCACAAAGGCUGCAUCGACGAGUGGUUCCAAGUGAACAGAUCGUGUCCGGAGCAUCCGGCAGAUUAAUGCAGCUUCUUUUGCACAGGUUCCCCACAAACGAGCGAUCUACUGGAUUUAAGUGUGGAUCCUCGGAGACUGCUGGACACUGUGACCACCGACCCGUCCCGCACAAGACAAUGUAGUACCACGCUGUGCCAAAUCUCAUUGGAAACAAUCUGCAGGGAUACAGACUUUCUGAUAUUUUGUGUUUGAGUUGCACAUCCUCACCUCGCAUCUUCAGCAGCGCAGGACGUCUCCGGAGGAGGAGGACAUGGUCCGGCAGGGAGGGGGGACCAGAGAGGACGAUGGUGGAAGAUCCCUCCUCUUCCUCCCUCAGCAUCAAUGUGCCUUGUUGUACUGUGGCAGCAGGGCGGCACAGAGACGUCCAGACUGGCAGCAGAGCUCUGGGCCCCCGGAGCUGUGGGCCCCCGGAGCUGUGGGACCCCCCGGGACCCCGGAGCACUGGGACCCCCCGGGACCCCGGAGCUGUGGGCCCCCGGAGCUCUGGGCCCCCGGAGCUCUGGGACCCCCCGGGACCCCGGAACUCUGGGACCCCGGUCCGGGAGGAAUCAGCCAGAGACGGGACGACAGCAUCACUGACACUUUCAGAACUGACACGGCUGCGAAAUCGGUGCCAACACACACACUCACACACACACACACUCACACUCACACACACACACACACACACACACACACACACACACACACACACACACACACACACACAC